AUUUCUUUUCAAAGCAAUAAAUAGUGUUUUAUUCCACAAAAACCUUUUUCUUCAUCAUCAUCAUCUUCUUCUUCAUUUGUUUGACCUAGUAUUUCACCACUGAAAAAGAUGAUUACUGACGGAGAUUUGGGAUUCAUUGCCAACUUCUUGGGGAUAUUCAUAUUCGCGCUUGUCAUAGCAUAUCACUACGUGCUGGCUGACCCUAAGUAUGAAGGAAAUUAAACAUGAAAGCUCUAUGUUGCGUCGGGCUCGUCAAAUGUAGUUGUAGACACAUAUACACCCCUAUAAUUUGAUGAUGAUUUUAAAUUUUAUAUGCACUUGUUAAAGUGCAAAUUUUACAUUAAAGUGUAGCCAGUUUUGUUUUCUGGCUUGGUUA